AUGGUUCUGGCCGCGGCGUACCGCCGGCUACUGCAAACCGACAUCCAGGUUCCGCCGGCGGCAGCCAAUGGAAGCUCAAUAGACGGUGGUUACACAGCUGGUGAUGACAGUUUUGACAACAACAUGAUGAUUAUACUUGCUGUCUUGCUAUGUGCAUUAAUAUGUGCACUCGGCCUUAAUUCGGUAGUACGUUGCCUCUUAAGGUGUAGCCAAACUUUUGUUUUCGAGCAUCCUAGACAACCCACUGCACGAACAGUAUCAAAUGGCCGGGAACAAGGGUGGUUGAGUGACAUUCCGGUGGUGGUUUAUCAGUCGGAGAUGAAAAUUCCGACCACCGAUUGUCCGAUUUGCCUCGGAGACUUCAGUGAAGGUGAAAAAGUUAGAAAUUUGCCGAAGUGUAAACAUUGGUUUCAUGUUAAAUGUAUAGAUAAAUGGCUUCUUUCACAAUUAUCUUGUCCGAUAUGUAGGCAGCUUUUGUUUGAACUAGAUGAAGUUUAA